AAUGGCUAUAAUCUUACCAAAGUAGACUGCCAGGCCUUUCUUCCAUGGGCGCUGCUGGGUGGAUUCCAACCUCCAUCCAGCCUUUUGGUUAGUAGUUGAGCGCAAACCGUUUACCCCCCUGGGGAAGCCUAAGUUAUUACGUACGGAGAUUUAAUAGAAAACUUGUAGAAACACACAACCACAAGAUAGCUAGGGCACUUAAUCUGACUAAACAGUUACUGACCCCCGUGUAUUCCUCUCUCCUGCUCUCUCUACCUCUUUGCCCAGAACAGAGAGGACAGAUGACUCUAGAGAUUGAAGGCAGUUGUGAGAGGCUUCGGACAAAAAUGUUUCAUUUAAGGACUUGUGCUGCUAAGUUGAGGCCGUUGACAGCCUCCCAGACUGUUAAGACAUUUUCACAAAACAGACCAGCAGCAGCUAGGACAUUUCAACAGAUUCGAUGCUAUACUGCACCUGUCGCUGCUGAGCCCUUCUUGAGUGGGACUAGUUCAAACUAUGUGGAGGAAAUGUACUAUGCUUGGUUGGAAAACCCCAAAAGUGUACAUAAGUCAUGGGACAUAUUUUUCCGCAACACCAAUGCCGGAGCCCCCCCGGGCAGUGCAUACCAAAGCCCCCUCCCCCUGAGCCGAGGCUCGCUCUCCACCAUCGCCCGAGCACAGUCGCUGGUGGAGGCCCAGCCCAAUGUUGACAAGCUUGUAGAAGACCACUUGGCUGUGCAGUCUCUCAUCAGGGCGUACCAGAUACGAGGGCACCAUGUAGCACAGCUGGACCCCCUGGGAAUUUUGGAUGCUGAUCUGGACUCCUCCGUGCCAGCUGACAUUAUCUCAUCCACAGACAAACUUGGGUUUUAUGGACUGCAUGAAUCUGAUCUCGACAAAGUCUUCCACUUGCCCACCACAACCUUCAUUGGGGGAAAGGAGUCUGCUCUUCCGCUUCGGGAGAUCAUCCGUCGGCUGGAGAUGGCCUAUUGUCAGCAUAUUGGAGUGGAGUUUAUGUUUAUCAAUGACCUGGAGCAGUGCCAGUGGAUCAGGGAGAAGUUCGAGACUCCUGGAAUCAUGCAGUUCACAAACGAGGAGAAACGAACCCUGCUGGCCAGGCUUGUGCGGUCCACCAGGUUUGAGGAAUUCCUUCAGCGGAAGUGGUCCUCUGAGAAGCGCUUUGGUUUGGAAGGCUGUGAGGUGUUGAUUCCUGCCCUGAAGACCAUCAUUGACAAGUCGAGUGAGAAUGGAGUCGAUUAUGUGAUUAUGGGCAUGCCGCACAGAGGGCGGCUGAACGUGCUCGCAAACGUCAUCAGGAAGGAACUGGAGCAGAUCUUCUGUCAGUUUGAUUCAAAGCUGGAGGCAGCUGAUGAGGGCUCUGGAGACGUGAAGUAUCACCUGGGCAUGUAUCAUCGGAGGAUUAACCGCGUGACAGACAGGAAUAUCACUCUGUCCCUGGUAGCCAACCCUUCCCACCUUGAGGCUGCUGACCCUGUGGUGAUGGGCAAGACCAAAGCUGAGCAGUUUUACUGUGGGGACACUGAAGGGAAAAAGGUCAUGUCCAUCCUUCUGCACGGAGACGCUGCAUUUGCUGGUCAGGGCAUUGUGUACGAGACCUUCCACCUGAGUGACCUGCCAUCCUACACCACGCACGGCACCGUACACGUGGUCGUUAACAACCAGAUCGGCUUCACCACAGAUCCCCGGAUGGCCCGGUCCUCUCCCUACCCUACAGACGUGGCCCGUGUGGUGAACGCCCCCAUUUUCCACGUGAACUCAGAUGACCCUGAAGCGGUGAUGUAUGUGUGCAACGUGGCUGCGGAGUGGAGGAGCACCUUCCACAAGGAUGUGGUUGUCGACCUGGUGUGCUACCGGCGCAACGGCCACAACGAGAUGGAUGAGCCCAUGUUCACACAGCCGCUCAUGUACAAGCAGAUCCGCAAGCAGAAGCCUGUGCUGCAGAAGUACGCCGAGCUGCUCGUGUCGCAGGGAGUGGUCAACCAGCCAGAGUAUGAGGAGGAAAUCUCCAAGUAUGACAAGAUCUGCGAGGAGGCAUUUGCCAGGUCCAAAGACGAGAAAAUCUUGCACAUCAAGCACUGGCUCGACUCUCCCUGGCCUGGUUUCUUCACCCUGGAUGGGCAGCCGAGGAGCAUGUCUUGUCCCUCCACAGGUUUAACGGAAGAUAUUCUGACGCACAUUGGGAGUGUGGCCAGCUCUGUGCCCGUGGAGAACUUCACCAUUCACGGAGGGCUAAGCCGGAUCCUGAAAACCCGCGGUGAGCUGGUGAAGAACAGGACCGUGGACUGGGCCCUGGCAGAGUACAUGGCCUUCGGCUCCCUCCUGAAAGAGGGGAUCCACAUCCGGCUGAGCGGCCAAGAUGUUGAACGAGGCACUUUCAGCCACCGACACCAUGUGCUGCACGACCAGAACGUGGACAAGAGGACCUGCAUCCCCAUGAACCACCUCUGGCCCAGUCAGGCCCCCUACACUGUCUGCAACAGCUCCCUGUCUGAGUACGGAGUCCUGGGCUUUGAGCUGGGCUUUGCCAUGGCCAGCCCCAACGCCCUGGUCCUCUGGGAGGCCCAGUUUGGUGACUUCCACAACACAGCCCAGUGCAUCAUCGACCAGUUCAUCUGCCCAGGACAAGCCAAGUGGGUGCGGCAGAACGGCAUUGUGCUGCUGCUGCCCCAUGGCAUGGAGGGCAUGGGUCCAGAACAUUCCUCGGCCAGACCAGAAAGGUUCCUGCAGAUGUGCAACGAUGACCCAGAUGUCCUGCCAAACCUGGAGGAAGCCAACUUCGACAUAAAUCAGCUGUAUGACUGCAACUGGGUGGUUGUCAACUGCUCCACCCCUGGCAACUUCUUCCACGUGCUGCGACGCCAGAUCCUCUUGCCCUUCCGGAAGCCGUUAAUCAUCUUCACUCCAAAGUCCCUGCUGCGUCACCCUGAAGCCAGAACCAACUUCGAUGAAAUGCUUCCAGGAACCCACUUCCAGCGGGUGAUCCCAGAAAACGGCCCUGCCUCUCAGAACCCAGAAAAAGUCAAGAGACUUCUCCUCUGUACUGGCAAGGUGUACUAUGACCUCACCCGAGAGCGCGCAGCUCGCAACAUGGUGGAAGAGGUGGCCAUUACAAGAAUCGAGCAGCUCUCCCCGUUCCCCUUUGACCUCCUGCUGAAGGAGGUGCAGAAGUACCCCAAUGCUGAGCUGGCCUGGUGCCAGGAGGAGCACAAGAACCAGGGCUACUACGACUACGUGAAACCCCGGCUCCGGACAACCAUCAACCGCUCCCGGCCUGUCUGGUAUGCUGGCCGGGACCCGGCGGCUGCUCCAGCCACCGGCAACAAGAAGACCCACCUGACAGAGCUGCAGCGCCUCCUGGACACAGCCUUCAACCUGGAUGCCUUCAAGAACCUGGCAUAGAGCUGGCCUGAGCUGCCGGCCCCCCACACCCACGACCACCAUGCUUCUCCACUAAAGAAUAGUGCCUCAGCGCUGCCCAGGCUCCCUCCCACUGCAACCGACACUCCCCGCUCUGAGACACGGGAUCUCUUGUUCCCUCAAGUGCUUGGCUGACCCUCUCCCUCGCCAGGUGCCUCCCCACUGGCCUCCCCCAGCAGUGUGGAGCCCCCACCUCUCUGAAGGCCUCGGGGACAGGAGAAGGGAAGGGAGUGUGGGCUGCGGGCCAGGUUGGUUCCCAUAGCAGGGAAAGUUGGGGGCCGCAUGAUGUGCUGGCGGUCCUCAUCACCCAGCAAGGGAAGAGCUUCUGUAUCUGGGGACUAGGGAGCUUUGUCUUCCCCAGCCGAUCCUUAGCACCAGCAAGGAGGAAAGUACCCACAGCCUGGAGUCGGGUCUUCCAUGAAAGGGAUCCCGUGGGGGGGGCUAGGCACUGGCCAGGCUCUCAGCUUCUGGGUGGACUGAGGAUGGAGGCAGAGGGGGCAGCUCUACCUGAUCUCAGCUCAGAAGACACACCAGAGUCAGGAAGGGUCUGCCUCUCCAGGGUCCUCUGGUGCCCCUUGCGUGGGGCUGGGGGCCUGGAGCCCAGAAUGUGUACCACGAGGUGCCCCGAAGCCCCCAGGGUGCCAGCACUCGGGACCCUGUGUCCUGCUUACUCCUCCACCUCUUUCCUCUUCCUCCUGGCCCCACCCCCAACUCUUCUUUCUUUCCUUCAUUUCCCUUUAACAAAAUGGAGACUUUCUGAUGCAUUAUUUUCUUUGCUGUGCCAAAGCAAGUCCAAGGGGCCAGAGAAGGGGGGGAGGUGAGGGGACAGGUCGUGGUCGAGUGCCAGCUGCCCUUCAUCACUGUCACUUUGACUCUUCAUAGGGACAGAUCUGAUUUAUUUAUUUUGGUUAAAAAAAAUAAUAACUUUCAUUGUAUUUGGCUUGACCCAUAAAAUAAGUUAUCCUUGGGCCUGUGUGCAAUAUCAUUCAGCCUGCUCUGCCUUCUCUGCCCCGAGGGAGAGAGUUGGGGGGCACCUGAGGGAUGUGGCCUGGGUCUCUGGGCAUGUCAAGAAGGGGAGGACUGCGUAUUCUCUUUGGACAGGUGGAGGCACGGCAGCCACCUCCUCUCCCGUGGGCUGGCAUCUCAGCCUGGCCCGGGACCCCAGGCAGAGUGAGGACUCGUCACCUGCGCCAGUGUUUCUUUAGCCCCUCAGGGCCCCUUCUGCAUACUCUCCCGCACGAGCAACAGUGAACUGAAUAGUCCUCUUCUCACCCUGCCUUGGUUCAAGAGGGCCUCAGUGCAGUCACUGUAAAGAUGACAGGAGGCCCGGGCAACGCGAUGACAUUUAGGUGUAGCCUUUUUUCUGAGCCUUCUCUGCCGUCAGGCCAGAAUCCCACUUCUCCAUUUAGUUACUGUUUUUAAUGUCAGUAGCAGAAGAUUACCUGCUUCUGGGGAAAAAUCAAAAUGAAACAUGCAGAACAUUUUUAGGUACCUAUGACUGCUCACACCUGAAUCCAUCCAUCUGCCCUAACAGCCUGCAAUCUGUACUUCUGCUUUAGAGCCAGCAAGCCCACAUGAACACCACUUACUAAUCAGUGAACCUAACAUCCAAGCAGCUCAGCAACCUCUGUCAGUGGCCUGCACGCCAGGCCCAGCCCUCAAGCCCAGUUGUCACCUCUGGCCCACGAACCCCAUAGUCUUUAGCCACAACCCAAGCCUUGGCCUCGGUGGAAGGUCGACUGUGCCCACCCCCUGAAAAGCCAAGGAAAAGGCCUGGUGUGCUGAUAGAGCCCACCCACCUGCA